AUGCGUCCAAAACCCUUAUUUCGUGCUAAGCACAUCAUCGCGCUCACUCUGGUUAUAUCAGUCCAGGUAACACUCUAUAUCCUUCUUAGCAUGGGAGGGUAUGCGAGUUACACUGGAGGAAAUCCUUUACUACCUGCACAAUGUCAGUACUUCAGCAAAACACAAGGAGAGAAGUUCUUAAAUCUGACUUACCGAGUUCACAAGAUUCUUGAACAGGUUGGCAUAGAUCACUGGCUAAUGUACGGAUCAGUGUUUGGGGCAAUCCGCGUUCAGGGUCCUUUGCCAUGGGAUUAUGAUGUUGACAUUGGUCUCAAUGGCUCAGAAUGGAUAGCUUCGAUGAAUUUGGACCAGUUUGUGUCAGCUUUUGAGUCACAAGGACUGAAAGUGAAUCAGAAAUUAUGGAAGAUGAAAAAAUUGCUUAAAAUUACCACCGACGAUCUGCCUCUUUAUAGGGUCGAGUUGUUUGUUUUUAAUAACCAUCGUGGAUGGAUGAAAAGAGCUGGUUGGGAGUCAUGGCUAUUUUGGCUGCAUUAUAGAUUUUACCAUACAUUUCCUACCCGAUUAAUAAUAAAACCGCUACCACGAGUUCCAUUUGGUUUCUUCAAAAUGCCGGUACCCAGGGGAGGGAUUGAGAUUCAACGAUACCUUUACCCAGACGAUUGGUGGAAAGAGGUCAAACCUGUCGCCUGUGUUUAACGUAUUCUACCAAGCUUUAGGAUUCCAUCUUUUAACCUUGAAAGUUCUCCCGUACGCUACACUG